AAUAGAAAAUUUAACCACAAAGAACAGACCUGAAUACUUUAACCCGUAAACAGUUUUUAAAAUACAUUUAUUUACCUUGAGAAGCGAGAAAUGGAGCAAUGAAGAUAUGAUCUUUCCGAGAAAUGUAGGAGCAAGGAACGUCACAAAAAAUACAUGUAAAUACAUAUACAUAUGUAGAGAGGGCAAAGGUGAAAUAUGAUAAUACCUAACCUAUUGAGAGAAACCAUCUUGCGCUGACAGAUCUGACCGAGAUAGCGGCUGCACAGUAGGAUAUUUCUUUUUCAAUAAACAGAUCAAUAAAUAGAAUAUUAUUUAUUAUGGGAAUGGCAAUAAGAUUGACUAAGAUGAAUUUCUUAAGCAGGCGUUUGUACAGUUCUAAGGUGAGAUUAAAUGAUGUUGUAAUAGUCAGUGCUGUACGUACUCCAAUGGGCUCGUUUCUCGGAUCUCUGUCAAACGUGACGGCUACUAAGCUUGGUGCGGUAGCUGUACAAGCAGCCAUCGAAAGAGCUGGUAUCGCCAAGGAACAAGUUAAAGAAAUAUAUAUGGGCAAUGUCUGUCAAGGUUUCUUGGGUCAAGCACCAGCGAGACAGGCUGCAUUAUUUGCAGGUCUUCCAAGUUCAACAAUAUGUACAACAGUGAACAAAGUUUGUGCGAGUGGCAUGAAAAGUGUCAUGCUGGCUUCUCAAUCUUUGCAAUGCGGCCAUCAAGAGAUUGUUCUAGCCGGUGGUAUGGAAUCUAUGUCUAAUGUGCCGUAUUAUUUAGCACGUGGCGAAACUCCAUACGGUGGAGUAAAACUCCAGGAUGGCAUUGUGUUCGAUGGAUUGACUGAUGUUUACAAUAAAUGUCAUAUGGGUAAUUGUGCCGAAAACACGGCUAAAAAACUCAAUAUCACUCGUCAACAACAAGAUGAAUAUGCUAUCAGUAGUUACCAACGCAGCGCGGCAGCUUAUGACAAUAACGUAUUCAAAGAUGAACUUGUAUCCGUUAGUGUGCCUCAAAAAAAGGGCAAACCAGAUGUGACUUUUACUGCGGAUGAAGAAUAUAAAAGAGUCAACUUUGAGAAGUUUGGCAAAUUGAGCACAGUUUUCCAGAAAGAGAAUGGUACAGUGACAGCUGGAAAUGCAUCCACUCUAAAUGAUGGUGCCGCUGCUUUAAUUUUAACGACAAGCGACGUUGCUCAAAGACUGAAUCUCAAGCCUCUGGCCAGAGUUGUCGCUUUUCAGGACGCAGCAACGGAUCCUAUAGAUUUUCCGAUCGCACCGGCUCUUGCUGUGCCAUCGCUGCUUCAAAAUGCUGGAGUUAAUAAAAACGAUAUCGCUCUGUGGGAGAUUAAUGAGGCAUUUAGCGUGGUGGUCGUGGCAAAUCAGAAAUUACUCGACAUCGAUCCGGCCAAGGUAAACGUUCAUGGUGGUGCCGUUUCGCUUGGACAUCCCAUAGGCAUGUCAGGAGCACGUAUUGUAGUACAUUUGGUGCAUGCUCUCAAAGCUGGAGAAAAAGGCGUUGCGUCGAUUUGCAACGGGGGCGGCGGUGCAUCAUCAAUCCUGAUUGAAAAACUGUAAGUUCGCAAAUCAUCAACAAUGGCUGCCAUUUCAGUUUGUACGAACCGGACAAUCUUUCUUUAUUAUCGAUAUGAAUCGUGAUAAAAAAAAGAAAUUAUUUUUACACUGUAAAACUAUCAAACAAUAUUGUAGGUGAAAAGCUUUAUAGCUUUUCUUAUUUGUAUAAAUAAGAUUAUUGUUAUAUAA